GAAUUUAUCUAGGCAAUUUUUCAUCCAUUAUAAAGCAAUAUUCUAUAUUUUUUAAAAUUUUGAUUUCAAUAAAAUUUUUUACUAUUUUGUGUGAUUAUUUUUUUUUCGUUUUGUUUAACAUAUUUCACACAUUUAUUUUGAAACAUUGAAUCUAAAGCAAAAGAAACUUGAUAAUAAUGGCAAAUCGUAAUGUACAACAAAGACCAAAUGGUGGUGGCGGUUCAUCCGCUAGCGGACAGCAAGGAAAAAUUUGUCAAUUCAAACUUGUUCUGCUUGGUGAAUCGGCUGUGGGUAAAUCAAGUCUUGUAUUACGUUUUGUUAAAGGCCAAUUUCAUGAAUAUCAAGAAAGUACAAUUGGAGCUGCUUUUCUAACUCAAACGGUUUGUUUGGAUGAAACGACUGUUAAAUUUGAAAUAUGGGAUACGGCUGGCCAGGAAAGAUAUCAUAGUUUGGCGCCCAUGUAUUAUCGUGGAGCCCAGGCCGCUAUCGUUGUCUAUGACAUUACUAAUCAAGAUACAUUCAAUCGAGCAAAAACCUGGGUAAAAGAAUUACAACGACAAGCGAGUCCAAAUAUUGUGAUCGCAUUGGCUGGUAAUAAAUCUGAUUUGAGCAACAAACGUGCAGUUGAAACGGACGAAGCUCAAGCAUAUGCCGAUGAAAAUGGCCUUCUGUUUAUGGAAACAUCGGCAAAAACAGCCAUGAAUGUUAAUGAUAUAUUUUUGGCUAUAGCUAAAAAAUUACCUAAAACAGAUCAAACAGCCGGUGGUAGUGCUGGAGGUCAAUCAGGUGCCGGAAGACGAAUCGAUCUAAAUGAUACACAACAACAAUCAUCAGGUUGUUGUAAAUCUUAAAAAAAAAUCGACA